UGUGGGGAGGUCAUUUACAAAACAAAACAGUGCACGUCCAUAUCCCCACUCCUGCUGCUUGCACUCCCUUGUCUCGUGACGACUGAAUAUUGGACUAGCAAUCGUGGUAGCGCGAUUGAGCAACUGACCAGAGGGUAGCAGACAGACACAGAACAGAAGUGAAGUGGACAGGGCAGAAAACGAGGCGACCCCAAAGCACAAGUACCACGAGACGAGCGGACCGGUUCAACGACGGCCGUCCCUCUCUCCCGUCCCGUCAACGCGCUUCCUCUGUAUCCGCCGGCCGCCCCGGACCCGGAGGAAUAUAUGCAGCCGGCGACGGCGAUCGGUAAUACACGUGAAAACGCGACCCGGUAGGUAAUCAGCGGCUAUCUCUCGAUUGGUACAUACGGGCUUACCGUACCAGUGUACCACAGCCCACAGGACAUGGCCAUGUUGGCUUCCUCUCGUCUCUAAUCUCCCCCGCAAGCAGCCAUGUCCGUGCGCGGGCGGCGCGGCAGCUCCCAGCCGCCCCAGGGCGCCGCCAUCACCACCACCGCGAGGUUCUGGCUCGGGAAGAAGCGCGCCGCAGGAGCAGCCCUGCCGGCGCGCGGCGGGGGAGCGAAGAAGCGCCACCGGAAGGCCCCGCGCGUCGACGUCAACACCCAGGGCAUCGGCGGGGACUUCACCCAGGGCACCGGCGACGUCUCCCAGGGCAUCAACGGCCGCGGCGGGGGCGGCGCCGAGGACGUCGAGGCGACGCCCUCCUCCGCGUGCGUGUGCCCGAUACGCAUGGGCCUGCGCAUGCUCGCGUUGUGGACGAUGUGUCGGUUCGCCGGGGUGCAGCACCUGUCGCUGCCGGCCCUCGACCAGACCUACUCCGUGGUCAUGAUGUUCCUGGAAAGCGUCUUCGGCGACAUGAUCGAGCACGACAUCGGCCUCCACGACGCGCUCCGCCGCCAGGGCCGCGCGUUCGACCUGUUCCGCACGAUCCAGUUAGAACCACCACCACCAUCCCAUGGGGAUGGGGAUGGGGAUGGGGAUCAGUCACCGCCACCACUCCAUGGGGAUGGUGGGAUGGGGAUGGGGAGCAGCAGUAGCAAUGUAUAGCUGGUCCAUGGGUUUAUUAAUAAUCGUUCUGUAGCCUCUGGGGUCAGGUGGAAACAUGGAGUUGUAGGCGAAUCUGGACAUUUGUGUGUUUGCCAAAUCAGUAUCAUCUGCUUUCGGUGUCGAGGCUUAUCAAAUGCUAUCAUUCUUGUUCCAUGGA